AUGGCAGUCUCGAAGGAUAUUGAUCUGUUCAAUUUGAGAGAAAACGAACAAAUUGUGUCACCUUGUCUUAUCGUCCAUGGGAAGUGCAAUAAGCCAAAUGGUGCUAAAACUGUUCAGGUGCAGCAUCCACAAUUGCCUCCCGUUACUUACCCCAUACACAAUCAGUUCUUCAAGGCCACUGUGAUACUAACUCCUGGUGAGAAUAAGUUGACAUUUGUCACCGACACCAACACUGUUAGGAGAAUUGUAUGUUACUAUACGCCGCUGACGCAGAAUCCUCCUGUGCAUCUGUGCUUGAUCUUGGCCAAAGACUCGCCCUUACAGUUCGACUCUCCUCGAGAGCAGAAGAACAGGGAGGGUGGGAAUGGCCUUGAGUUGGCCAUUAAGAAACUUAGACUUGGUGCCAGACUCAUGCAAGCUUACACGAACGAGCAGAUGUUGAGAAACAGUAUGGGCAAUAGGACCUUCUCGUUUGUUGAGGAGUAUACGUGGGACACCCUGUUCGAGCAGCCUGCUAUGAGAAGCACCAUAAAGGUGCAUGUGGUACGUUCUGAAAAAACGGUGAAGGAGAUCCGGGACCCUGACAUAGCUCAACAAAAUUCCAAGGGGAAGAACACCGGCGCCCUUUUUGGGAUAGCCAUGGAUGCCCUGAAGAGCUACGGUGGACCCUUUACUAAUAACGAGAAGCCUGUUCAGGCAGCUUGUAUGUUUUUAGAUACCCACUGGGAUGGAAAUUUGAUUACGGGCCAUGCUGCAUUAGGCGGGGGCGAUGAGAGCAUCAAGCUAGCCAUUUUCGGGUCUCACGGGCUUUAUUCAUGGCCAAGUUGCCUCGAGCAAAUAGUGCCUUAUUUCACUGAUGAGACGAAGUCCUCCAAAAGUGAGGUGGCAAACGAUUGUAACGAGUGUGGCACCUACUGGGAGUGUUUGACUAUCACUUUAGGGGCAUUCAUGCAUGAGAUUGGCCACUUGCUGGGCUGCCCUCACCAGGAAAGCGGUGUGAUGUUAAGAGGCUAUACCACUUUGAACAGAUCAUUCUUGACUAAAGAGGCGCAUUCUGUGAGAACAAACUCUACUGGUGCUAGCCCUCCCAUCUUCCCCAAGGAAGAGUGCACCUGGCAUCGUCUCGAUACGGUAAGGUUCUUAUACCAUCCUUCUUUCACUUUACCACAGGACUAUUACGAUCCCUCAUUCAUGAGGCCUACAAAAUUGGGUGGGUUUCCAAAUAUAAAACAUUCUGUAUACCCCUUGGGUAACGGUAGCUGCCGCAUCUUGUCGCCCACAGGGAUUUACCUAAUUGAAAUCAUUUGCGAUGAUUUGGCCAAGGGCCAUAUUGAAUAUUUACCGGUUUCUCUGGGUGGAAGAGGACCUCAGCGGGAAGUCAUAGUAACGCUAGAUGAUUUACGUUCCAGGUUACCCAAGAGUGAACUUGGCAAAUUUGGUGAUACUUUUAAGUUGAAAAUUCUCUCUGUUAAUGCACCAGAGAUUGAGUUCGACAAUUUCCCAUCAUUGUUGAAUGUUCAGCCGUUAGACAUGUCCAAAUAUGGAUUUUCUAAAAGUGUUCAAGGCAUUAAAUCACCAUUGUAUGGUCGCAGUGACGGUGGUAACGAUGUUGGCAUUGUCGCCUUUGAUGUUAGAUUAGUCACUGCCGUCAGGAUAUACCAUGGUUAUGCCCUGGAUGGCGUGAGAUUUUAUUACAAAGAAGAGCCAACGCCAUCUAAGCAUGCUCCUUCUGUGAAACCGUCUGUACCACCGAGAAACUAUUUUGCCAAAAUCACGCAUAGUAUCAAAAGUCAUGUUUCCAUAAACGAAAGUGAUUUUAAAAGUGUACUCUUCGGGCACGAAACUCAAAAUUAUACGGAUGCUACCUUAGAACCUGGUGAAAUAAUCAUUGGAUUCAAUUUGAGGUGCGGAGCUUGGGUUGAUGCCAUCCAAAUUAUAACUAGUCAUGGCAGAAUGACCGACAUGUUUGGUAAUAAAAAUGGAGGUGGUUUAGCUGAAUUGCAACCACCUAAUGGUCAGUAUAUUUUGGGUGUUACAGGUAGAGUUGGCCAAUGGGUCGAUGCCUUUGGAAUUGUUUAUGGAUCUCUGGAGUAG